UCAGCUUUUUAAAACACUGACCUAACAUUCUUCCAGUGCUAGGAAAUGAUUGCACACUGCAAGCAUCAAUUAUAGAUAAGAUAAAAGAUUGUCAAAUCUUAAGUAACAUUGACCAAACAUGGGCCUAGAUGUUUGUGUACAGCUGCAUCAGCCAUUGCAGUACUCCAUUGAAACUCAGCUAUUUUGUCCAGCAAUAUAAAAACUAUAAUGAUAUAUAUAAAAUGCAGCUAGGUUUGAUGCAUUGGAAUAUAUGCUUUGACAUGAAACACAUUCAAAAAGCCUCUGAAAACAAAUAGUCAUUCAGUGUGGCUUGUCUAUAAAUUAGAUUUUGCAUUAUGCACAGUGCAUACUUGUGGCUACUGGCUAGCUCCUAGCUGUAGUGCUUCAAUAUGACUAACAUGCUUCUCUCUCUCUCUCUCCAACUCUCUCUUUCUAUCCAUUUUUUUUCUUCUUCCCCUAUGCUGAACAAUUCUCGACCAAUCACCCUGCUGUCUAUAGAGCUAGCAUCACAGACCUCUUGUGUCAAGCCUUUCCAUUGAGUCGUCUGGGUGCAUGUGCUGCUACCUGUCCCAUCUGUAAUUACUGCCACCUGCCGUGGCAAUCUUUCCACGACCUGAGAGCUGAACCGUCUGAACUCUCCUUGACACAGACACUUCUCCCUCAAGUCUCUCUUUCUCUCCACUUCUGCCUCACCUUCAACCAUGAUGUUCAAAGUUGACAUGCAUUACAUAGUCUUCUUGCCUGUGUACCUAUUGAUGUGGCUGUACACUCUCAUCACGUUUAUCCCAUGGUAUUUCCUCACUGAUGCUGGGAAGAAGAAAGCCAUGGCCAAGAGAGAGAAAGCCAAGUCCACCACAGGCAAAGCAGAUGGCCCCUAUCGUUGUGUGGAGAACUUUGACAACCUGGCCCGGGAGGACUUUGAGGGAAAGGACACUCUAGACAAGCUGUUUGAGCAUGCAGUGCAGCGCUUCGGCAACACAGACUGCCUGGGUACCAGGGAGCUCCUAAAUGAGGAGAACGAGAUGCAAACCAGCGGCAAGAUCUUUAAGAAGCUGAUCCUGGGGGAGUACAGGUGGCUGUCCUAUGACGAGGUGGACCAGAUCAUCAGCCAUCUAGGUAGUGGACUGGCAGCCCUGGGCCAGCAGCCCAAGAGUACCAUCGCCAUCUUCUGUGAGACACGGGCAGAGUGGAUGAUCACUGCACAGGCCUGCUUCAGACGCAACUUUCCAUUGGUCACUCUGUAUGCCACCCUGGGGGAGGAAGCGGUGGCCUUUGGGCUUAAUGAGUGUGGGGCCACACACCUGAUCACCAGCGCAGAGCUACUGGAGACUAAACUCAAGAAUGUUUUGCCAGAUAUGCUCAACCUGAAGCACGUUAUAUAUGUGGACAACAAGAGCAUCAGCCGGACAGGCUACCCUGAGGGCAUUCAGAUCUACAGCAUGCAGGCAGUACAGGAGUUGGGAGCCAAACCUGACAACUUGAGUGUAGCUGUGCAGCGCCCCCAGCCCACAGAUCUGGCUGUGGUCAUGUACACCAGCGGCUCCACAGGACGACCCAAAGGAGUCAUGAUCAUCCACAGCAACCUGAUCGCUGGCAUGACGGGCCAGUGUGAGAGGAUCCCAGGACUGGGGCCAAAGGAUACCUACAUUGGCUACCUGCCUCUAGCUCAUGUGCUGGAAAUGACUGCUGAAAUCUCAUGUAUGACGUAUGGCUGCAGGAUUGGCUACUCUUCUCCACAAACACUCUCUGACCAGUCAACAAAAAUCAAGAAGGGCAGUAAAGGAGACUGCUCUGUGUUGAGGCCUACUCUGAUGGCAGCUGUACCGGAAAUAAUGGACCGCAUCUACAAGAAUGUGAUGAACAAGGUGCAGGAGAUGAGCUAUGUGCAGAGGACUCUGUUUAAACUGGGCUACAACUACAAACUGGAACAGAUCAAAAUGGGCUACGAUGCCCCACUCUGCAACAUGCUGCUGUUUAAGAAGGUGAAGGCUCUGCUGGGAGGGAACAUCAGGAUGAUGCUGUCAGGAGGAGCACCCCUGUCCUCCGCCACCCAGCGCUUCAUGAACAUCUGCUUCUGUUGCCCCGUGGGACAGGGCUAUGGCCUCACAGAGACCUGUGGAGCAGGUACCAUCACAGAGGUUGCAGACUACAGCACUGGGAGAGUAGGAGCCCCCCUCAUCUGCUGUGAGGUGAAACUACGAGACUGGGUUGAGGGUGGAUACACCAGCCAGGACCAACCCCACCCCCGUGGAGAGAUCAUGAUAGGUGGGCCCAACGUUACCAUGGGUUACUAUAAGAGCGAGCACCUGAACAAUGACUUCUGGGUAGAUGAGCAGGGCCAGAGGUGGUUUUGUACCGGGGAUGUGGGGGAGAUCCACUCUGAUGGCUGUCUGCAGAUAGUGGACCGUAAGAAGGACCUGGUCAAACUGCAGGCUGGAGAAUAUGUGUCCUUGGGGAAAGUGGAGUCUGCUCUGAAGAACUGCCCCCUUAUUGACAACAUCUGUGCAUAUGCAAACAGUGACCAGAACUACGUGAUAAGCUUUGUGGUACCGAACCAGAAGCAGCUGACAACUCUGGCCAAUAACAACGGCAUAAGUGUUGCCUGGGAGGAGAUCUGUAACCACCCAGCCAUGGAGAAGGAGGUCCUGAAGGCCAUCAAAGAGGUGGCUGCCUCAAUCAAACUGCAGCGUUUUGAGAUCCCAGUGAAAGUGCGUCUAAGCCCAGAGCCCUGGACCCCUGAGACUGGCCUGGUGACAGAUGCAUUCAAAUUGAAGAGGAAGGAGCUGAAGAAUCACUUUCAGACUGAUAUAGAGAGAAUGUACGGAGGGAAGUAGAGCCACCAUCUGAUCUAACCAAAGAACAGUUUCCUUACAACUUUCACCAGUGAUGUGUGUCUGAAUAAUAAUAAUAAUAAUAUUUAUUUGUAUUGUGCUUUUCAUAAGAGUUAUCUCUAAGCUCUACAGGAAAAAAACCCACUUGAGUGUAAAAAAACAUUAGGAACACCUUCUUAAUAUUGAGUUGCACCACGUUUUGCCCUCAGAAUAGUCUCAAUUCGUCAGGGCAUGGACUCUACAAGGUGUUGAAAGUGUUCCACAGGGAUGCUGGCCCAUGUUGACUCCAAUGCUUCACACAGUUGUGUCAAAUUGGCUGGAUGUCCUUUGGGUGGUGGACCAUUCUUGAUGCACACAGGAAACUGUUGUGUGUGAAAAACCCAGCAGUGUUGCAGUUCUUGACACACUCAAACCGGUGCGCCUGGCACCUACUACCAUACCCCAUUCAAAGGCAUUUCAAUAUUGUUCCUUGCCCAUUCACCCUCUACAUGGCACACAUACAUAAUCCGUGCCUCAAUUGUCUCAAGGUUUAAAUAUUUUCUUUAACCUGUUUCCUCCCCUUCAUCUCCACUGAUUGAAAUGGACUUAACAGGUGACAUCAAUAAGGGAUCAUAGCUUUCACCUUGAUUCACCUGGUCAGUGCUAUGUUAUGGAAAGAGCAGGUGUUCCUAAUAUCUGUACACUGUGUUUAAACACAACAUACAUUUAGAAUCAAGGCAGGUAAAAUAGCAAUAGUGGUCGAGGUGCGAUUAUUAUUUUUUGCUUCGGACUAGGACUGAAAAAGACACUCUGUAGAAGUGGAAUUUAAGGCCCGUUUAAAAGUUUAGAGUGAUGGAGAGGCUCUCAGGUCGUCAGGGAGAGCAUUCCAUAGGAGAGGGAAUAGGGAGCAGAAGGCUCAGUCCCCAUAGUUCGGAAUGUGUGUAAAUGUGUGUGUGUGUGUGUGUGUGUGUAUAUGCUCGCGUGUGUUUGCAUAUGCUUCAAAGCAUUAUGCCUGUGAACUGUUGAAUUGUCGUUCCACGCCAUAUUUUUUGUCAAAUUAUGAAUGUCAGUCCAUAAAGUCCAGCACAGAGGGAUCAGCUGGUUAGUUACAGCUAUUUGUGUACAUGUAGUUGUCUCCAUGCUUGGGGGCAAUUGGCAAUGCAAGUCUUGUAUUUGCAUAUUGUAAUUUGCCUUUGGAAUGUAUUAUUUUUUUUGUCUAAGGGAGUUAGGUGUCAUAAUGUCUUGUGAAUUGGCCAUUGUCAAUUUUAGAAAUGUCCUGUAGCUGUAAGACAGAGUUGGGCAAUUGGUGGCCCCCGAUCAAUUUCCAAACACAGGGCAGCCCCCCCCCCCCCCCCAAAAAAAAUAUAUUUAUUUAAGUAUUUUCAUUAUAAAAACAUUAUCGGGACUCAUUCGGGGCCCCACUUGAGUGUUAGAAUAGUAAAAUACACCAGGUGCAAUUUCUAAAUUUGGUGUGCAUCAGUAGUUUUUCUCUUAUUCUAUCAGUAACCAACAGUCACUCAUUUAGCCAUGUCAGCUAACAUUUUUUAGAUUAAGUCUUUCCAGCUUUCUAAACUUGUAGUAAUCGUGGUCGAAUUCCGAUCAGGUACGUGACCAGGGCUCCUAUUGAUUUAGUUAAUCACUCUCACUCAAAUACAGUUAUAGCUGAUUUCAGGAUUGUAUAUCGAUUCGCAAAAUGUGUAAAAUUUCUGGAAAUUAGCUUUAAAACUGUAAAGAUUUCUCUCCCCCAUAGCAAAAUGGUUAGAAUUGCAGGAAAUAUGCUGUAAAACUGUCAGUUUUGUUCUCUCUGCCCCAUGACAAAAUGUGUAGAAUUGCAGGAAAUGUACUUUAAAAUGUACAUUUUUCUCUUCACCAUCAAAUCUAGCUGAGGGCCCCCAAAAGGCUAGGUCUGGCCCUGGCUACUGGAAUAAAGUGGUGAGGAGUAGCUUUGUGGACCCAUACUCUUCGGAAGUAAUUUAUCCAGCCAAACUAGCAUAGUUAUAGGCAGCUAGUUUAGUCAAAUCAAAUUUUGUCACAUGCGCCGACUACAACAUGUGUAGACUUCACUGUGAAAUACUUACUUACGAGCCCUUUCCCAACAAUGCAGAGUUAAAAAGUAAGACAAUAUUAGCAAAAAGGGAGAACCAUGGAAAACAAGCUCUGGACAGGAUAUAGCUGAGCUGAUGUGCACUAGGCUAAUUCAGGACACAGAGAUUGUAGUUUUUAUGCCCUAAUAUCAGGAGCUGGUGGGGGAAAGUUAAACAAUUCAGACACUGAAACGAGUACAUCAGAUGGCACAAAUUUAAGGAGAGCAAAUUGAUAUACAAUCCAAAAAUCAGCUGUAACUGUCAAUAGUAAAACAAAGCUUAAAAUGAUAUUUGAGUAAAACUGAAUCCUUAAAAUGAAUGGUGAAGUCGCUUCCGGACACGGUAGCGUCCUCCUCACCACUCUAGUUAAAUUACUUAACUCUCUUAAGUAAAUGAACUGCACAAAUGGAUUGAUUGAACAAAUCAGUUGACUGCAUGUAUGGGUAUGGAUGUGAGUACGCAGAUCCGCAAGCCACUGUGGCCCAUCAGGAUAAAUUCAGAGUGGCCCCCACUCCCAUCAAUGUUGCCCAUACCUGCUAACCUACUGGAAGUAUGAUGAAAAUAAAACAUUAUGCUGCCCCCUAGUGUGCAAGCCCCCACAGUGCUGCUGUAUACAUUUGCUUGUUUUAAACAUAGGUUCACAUUACUGCCACAAGACUGCUGAGACCCCACAAUCCUUCAGGCUAUUGCACAAAAAUGAAACCUGAGUGUAAUUUUGGAAAUUUAUGUCACCUGUGCUUGUUUUAAUUUUGGUUUUCAUGUUUUGAACCUGCUCAUGUCAUUGUCAUGGUGACACAACCCAACCCAAGCAUGUCACGUUAUGUUUUGGAUUUUUCAGGUACUAGGUCUGGUAUGGUGAAUAUCAUUCUUGCUAUGUUACAGAAUGGAUUAUCAUUUCUGUUUGAAGAUAGUCCUUUAGCCUCUUUGUUUCAUGCUGAUCUCUACCGACACCUCUGUUUUUGUAUACUGUACAAUAUUUAUAGACUUCGUUUAUAUGUUUCAAGUCAUCUUUAUAAUGUAAUAUUUCUACAUUUCCGACCUCUGGAUCUGCCAAUUUAAUAGUCUGUAUGCUCUUGAAUAAUUGUAUAUUUAUCAAGAUAUGAAAUACUCAAUAUAAUUCAAUGCAAUUUUUUAGAUGCUGUUAAAUCCAAUUGAGUAGCAUGUGUAAAUAACUUGAAUGUAAAGAUUUUGUAUGCAUAUACAUUAAGGUCAAGUUAAAUUUUGAGCCAUUUAAAAAAAAAAAAUGUAAUACUAUUGAAUUGUUUAAAGGUCACAAUUGUGCUUCUUGAAACUUUGUGUGGAACGUUGACGAAAAUGCUGUGAAUAGGCAAGUUUACUUCAAAUGUACAGCCAUUCAAAGCUAAUGAGUUAUAGCAUUCUGAAGCUUUUUAAUGUCACAUAUAAUGCAGUAAGAGGGAAUUUAUGGUGUCGUGACCAACUGAAACGUGCAAAUUAAUGCCAAAAAUGUAUAUUCCAGGAUGCAUUCAUGUCAUAAAAUACAAUUGAACUAUCCCAAUUGAGCCAUCCUCAAUGGCCAACACAUUGGGAUAAAACAAAGACACUGUUACAAUUAGCCAUGAUACGACUCUAAUCCAUUAUGUCAUAUCACGGCCCUGUUCCAAUAGGAGUGAGAAAGGUCAAAAAGCCACUAUAUGUUUUUUGUCAAUGUUUUAAAA